CGACGUGGCGCGACAGAACGUUAGCGACGUUAGGUGCAAUAUUGCCGAUCGCCGGUGCUCGCGAAAUAAGUCGAUAUCUGCUUGUGUAUGACGUGAUCUAACCGGAUCUACUAUACGCACGCGAAGGAAAGACGGCUCCACUUUCCCAUUUAAUUUGUCUAUCAAUCCGUGGAGAUCAAGAGUAUUUUGGAGGAAAAUGGCCAGGAAAGCCUGUCACGUCAUAUUGAUUAUUUCAUUGUUGACCAGUGUUUAUUUGGGGAUGGCUGCCCCUAAUUGGGAGACCGAUCUUACAAGCAACAUCAAUGCAGAAGUGAAUCGUAUGUUAAAAAAUUUGGAUGCGAAUUUGCGGAUUUUGGAUACGAAUACAGAGAAUUUGAAUAAGCAAGUAGAUAAUUUGAAUCGGCGAAUAGAGAAUUCGGUGCAACAAACACUUGCGCAAGUCGACGAAACAUUCAAGAAUCUUUCAAGAGAUGGACAAGGACGUUUAAUAACAAAUGGACAAGUAAUAACAAGUGGCGGCAACAUCGUAAUUAAUUCUGUAAAUGGUGUUAGUAUGAUUCGGAAAACCGAAUCUGGUUAUACAUUAAACGGAACACCGUACAUGAAUAUUACUACAGAUACAAAUGAUGGGAAAUAUUUUCAACAUAACGCGACUUUUUACAAUUCAACAUCUGAUGCUAUGGAGACAAUUUGCUGGAAAUUAAAGCUCGAACAUGCUCCAGAUGCUCAACCUGAAUAUUUCCCUUGUAAAUAAAACAAUACAUUUUUAUUUUCAUUUUAUGUUCUGUAUUAUGAUAUACAAUUUGUUUUGCUUAA